AUGGGUGCUUGUGAGUGUAUGGGCGAGUUAUGCGAAGAAUGGGAUUUGGCCCAGUGGCUCGUAAAAAACCUUGGUCAGAACCAGACUGAUGAGUUCUUGAAGUUACCAAUAACACAAAAUCGCACUAAAGUCUCCUUUCAUAACAACCGCUCGUUCUUGCAGAGGGUUGACCAACUACCGCAUGGACCAGAUUGGAGCUGCAGGAAGGUUACCGUGGGCGGUAACCAUGAUGAUGAGAACGGGGUACCAUUGCAAGAGGACGUCGAACUUUGGAGCCGUGAUCCUUUGGAGUGUGUCAAAGAGCUUAUCGGCAACCCUUUGUUCAAGGAGGAUAUUGUGUACUCACCUGCCAGAGCAUAUGCAGAUGCUGUGGGGCAACACAGAGUGAUCAAUGAGAUGUGGACGGCAGACUGGUGGGGUGAGACACAAAAAGCCUUGCCCAAAGGUGCGACUAUAGCACCAAUUAUUCUAUCGUCAGACAAGACCUGCUUGUCGCAGUUCCGAGGGGACAAGUCUGCAUGGCCGGUGUACAUGUCUAUCGGCAACAUAUCUAAAGCAAAAAGGCAUCAAGCAUCAGCACGAGCAACUGUCCUCAUCGGUUACUUACCUGCAGGAAAGUUGGACUGCUUCACCUCGGAUGCACACUCCCUGGCCAGAUACAGGCUGUUUCAUCAUUGCAUGAGUCUACUCCUCCACCCUCUCAUAGCCGCAGGACGAGACGGUGUUGAAAUGGUCUGUGCGGACUCGCAGAUUCGGCGUGUCCACCCCAUACUGGCUGCGUAUGUCGCCGAUUUCCCGGAGCAGUGCUUGGUAUCUUGUUCCAAGGAGAAUCGCUGUCCAAAGUGUCUGGUAUCAGCAAAUGAGCGAGGUGAUGGACUCACCUCUGUGAAUUGUGACCCAGAGUCAAUGAAAGAUACUCUGGAAAGGCGUAAGUUAGGUCAGCAUCCUCUGGAAUUUGAGGAAAACGGUCUACGUGCCAUUUAUAAACCUUUCUGGGCCAAUUUGCCUCAUUCCAACAUCUUCCUGGCAUUCACUCCCGAUCUUUUGCAUCAACUCCACAAAGGAGUAUUCAAGGACCAUCUUGUGAAGUGGUGUGUUGACAUUGUCGGCGAGGAAGAGAUGGACGCGCGAUUUAAGGCGAUGCCGGAUUAUCCGGGGCUCCGUCACUUCAAGAAAGGUAUAUCGGCUGUUAAACAAUGGACCGGAACUGAGCAUAAAGAAAUGCAACGAGUGUUUGUUGGGUUACUCACUGGAGCGGUGCCUAGGUCCGUGUUUGACGACUCUUUGAAGACCAUCCGUGUCUUGGUAGUUGCGCGUUCAAUUAUUGACUUUUCCUAUUACGCGCAGCUGCAAACUCACACCAUGGACAUGCUCAAAGCCCUACAGACUGCCCUGGGAGUCUUUCAUGCCAACAAAGAUCAUUUCAACAUACCGAAGUUACACCAAUUAACUCACUAUGUUGAUUCAAUCACAUUGUUUGGUGCCACUGAUGGCUUUAAUACUGAGCUUCCCGAACGCUUGCAUAUCGACUUCGCGAAGGACGCUUACUGUGCAAGUAACAAACGUGAUUACAAGGAACAAAUGGCUUUGUGGCUUCAGUGGCAGGAAGCUGUGUUUUUGCGUGGUGCGUACCUCGAUUGGAUAUCGCAACAACCUCUCUUGGCAGGUCAUGGAGAGCAUCAUACAUUUGACUCAGACUCAGACUCCGAGUCUGAAGAAACAGACUCCCAAGUUCCAGCAUAUCCUCACCAAACUGUUGCAAGGAUUAUGACAGCCUAUGGCGCCACUGAUUUCCUCACUGCUCUCCAAACUUUCCUUCGCAAGAACCUCCCGCACAACACCAUCAUACCUAGCCUUUAUGACCGCUUUGACGUUUAUCGUCAUGUGGUCAUCAUAGCGCCGCCGGAUCGACGAGUCAGCGAUACACCUAAACGGUGGCACGUUAGAGCAACGCCUGAAGUUGCUGCAUCAGGGCGGAAUCCUGGUCAUCCGGCUUGUUUUGAUAUGGCACUUAUAUCAGACAGGCCUCAGACCCUCGCUUAUAUCGAAUGGUUUACGCCAUUCAGACCUCCAGAUCCCCCCUCUCAAAUGCGACAGGUCUCCCGCUCGACAUGCCAACUCCGCCGCAAUACGGCAGUAAUCCAUGUCGACGAAAUGAUGGGCCAUUCAGUGGAUGCGAGGUUGAGAAGUGGAAACGGAUAUGAGGUGGCAAGUGAUUUUUAUUUUAACGAGUUCAUUGAUGGCGAGAUGUUCGGUGUGUCUGUCAUAAGUAGUUUGUAG